AUGGAGGGGCUGUUGGAGGAGCUGGCUGCAUCUGCUAAGCUUCUGACUGAUUUUAAGGACAUGUAUGAGUAUGAGAACCGCCUUAAAACCUUCACGAAGUGGCCUUUUGCAGAGAACUGUAAAUGUACUCCAGAGAAUAUGGCCCGGGCAGGCUUUGUCCACUGUCCAAGUGCCAGUGAACCUGAUGUGGUCAAGUGCUUCUUCUGCUUGAUAGAGCUGGAGGGCUGGGAGCCAGAUGAUGACCCAUGGGUGGAACACUCCAAGCGUCAGAAAUGUGGCUUUUUAUCCCUUACCAAGCCCUUUGAUGACCUGACCAUGGAGGAGUUCUACAUGCUGGAGAUGUCACGGCUGAGAACUUUCCUUUGCAAGAUUGGCAGCAGCAUAAUCAACUCUUUUGAAGAAGAAGUAGCUGCAACUAGGAAGCGUCUUGUGGAUAACUUUGUCUCCAAACAUCAGUACCCAUCCCAGAUGCCAACAGAUUUCCUUGUUGAGCCACCUGCCCCAACUUCUGAAAGUUCUUGUUAUCAGCCAACAAAUCCAGAAGUGUGAAGUCUGACUCUAAAGCCUUAUCUCUUCUCUAUAUGGUAAAAGCAUUCAUAUUAUCUGAGUACUAACCAUAGCUAAAAAGUUGUCUAAGGAUUUCUUCUCUAAACAAUUUUAUAGACUGCCUGUAACAGAGGACAUAACUGUUUAUACUGCUCUUGCCCAUCACUGUGUAGUGUGACUAUGGGACUGCUGUUAGUCCACAUUAGCCACUACAUUAUGACUAUAUGAAAAUGUCUAAUGAAUUUUUUCUUGUUUUAUAGUUUGACUUCUGAAUAAAUAUUUGAAAUAACUGUAACAACUCAUUGUGGUCUAGAUUGAACCUGUCUAGCAGUAAAUCUUGAAGACAAAGCUAAACAGUUCUGCUUCACCUAUUGAACUUAUUGAAAGGAUUUGUUACUGUAAGUACUUA